AAAUCGGCCAGUGGGGCCCAGGCCACGCCGCUGGGGAUGGGGAUCGGCUCAACGAUACUCAGUGACGCGAUCAUGUCUGGGUUCUUCUCUGCCGAGCCGCCGUGGCGGUGACGUUUCCCGCCGGGGCUGCAGGAAGGCUAAAUGGGGCGGCCCGGCAGCCCCAGCCCGAGUUCCCCCGCGGCCUGCGCUGGCGCGCGGGCGACGCGGUGGAGGCCUCGGUGGGCGCCCUGCAGAGGCAAGAGCUCGAGCCGCUGCCGUGAGAUCGUGGCCGCGCACCUGCCGCGCGGCACGGGGCCCCGUGACCAGCACGAAGUGCAGACGUUCAGCGAGCAGGACGUGAGGAGCUGCAGGAAGCUAUACAGAGACAAGGAGCUCGACCACGCAAGGAGUAUCCAGAAGACAGUGGGGGAGUUACGGGAGACCCGACACGAGCUGCACGAUUUCCGCAAGAAGCUGUGGAAGGUCACGGUUCAGCCGCUGCUGCUCCAGAAGGAGGAGGAGAACCGCAAGGUGGUGGCCGCCGGGCUGGGGGAGCUGCUCGGGCUGUCGCGAGACAUGGCGUCGAGCAACGCCGAGCCCGAGCAGGGCGGGGACGGCGUGGAGAACUCACGGGUGGCGAGGAUGAGGCUCGCGCAGGAGGUCGGCAUGAGCGAGCAGGUGGUCGAGGAGCUGUGGGAGGACUUCGCGAGGC